AGGCAAGUUAGCAGUCGACGCUGGGACGCACGCACUCGUGGCAGAGCAGGACAUGGCAUUCCUCAUGCUCUUGACCGGCUUUUGCGCAGGUAUUGCCCUGGGUGCGUACCAGGACAAACAUCUGAAGCCAGUCUAUGACACCGUCUUUUCCAAGUCGGCCACCCUGUGGCAGGACAAAGUGUUGGCCGGAUUGCAGAAGCCCGCGGAAAGUUGAGGACGACCCGGGGCAGAGCCAGUGAGCGUCAAUCGGCUUGGUAGUUUUCAGCUUGAUAAGAGAAGCUGAAUUCAUUCGAGCUGAGGUAGUAUAUGGCGUUUGUGUGGCUGUAUGACUUGCUUUGCUCUUCCGAAAGAGCCCGGCUCCCCCGCAGUUGAACUUCUUUGACAAUUCUAUCGGUUUUUGUGGUGGUUGAUGGUUGGAUCACAGCAUCACAGUGUAGUUCAGGUUACCUUGGGGGGCCUGUGUCGCACAAGUGCAGGCGACGAUGUGGUUUCAGAGACCAACGCACAGGAGUUGGUUGAUGCAGAUGGAAAGCUGCGAGUUGCCAUCGUCAGGUUGCCGCGUGGCCAGGGAACCUGCAGCCAUUUGGUCUCCACCAAGUGGAGCCCCCUCAGCCCCGCGUCGCGGGCGCUUUCGAAAGCAGAGAACCCCAACGGGCCGUCGCCUGGUCAGCGGGCGGCCAUGACGAACCCCUCGGGCCUAGCGCCGCAAGCGAUCUGCGUCAACACCGUAGCCCCGUUGUUUCCGCGGGGUAAGGACCACCAGUCCACGGCUGGUGAGUGGCAUGAUCACCGGGGAGGAAGUCGAGUGGUGCGGGAUAUCCAGGUCUAUCCCCGACAUAUCCGGGAAACUGAGACGCAUCAGCACCUUCACAGGACAGCUGCGGUGAAGCACUACCUGCGGCAGAUGGCGGAUCGGUCGGAGAUGCUGAGCACCUACGAACAUGACUUCGGUUUCAUGACGCGUCCCAAGCAGAGGGACUUUGCGGAGCCAAAGCGCACCAGGCAGACCAGCUCAGCACCACCCUCCCGCGCCGGCAGCGUGAGAAGUGCCAGAAGUGCCACCAGAACGUUUUCAGGAGACUACUACGCUGACUCGCAGUUCGUCACCACCUCUUCAAAGCUCCAGGGCUUUCAAGAGAGUGGCUCCCCCCUGCGCUUGACGGUCACCGGAUGGGGUGAUUGCCGAUGGAGCCCUGCUACGCACCCGCACAUGGUGAUGGGCAUGACGCAGAAGGGCAUCAGCAUCAAACAGACGACCAACCUGAUGAAGUUAAGGUGCCAUGGUGCCGCACAUGAGCAGUUGGAGUGCCAUCAGGGCUGGCCUGCCAACAGCGAUGUUUCUGUAUCAGCUGUGGGCCAAACUGACUGA